UCUGGUCUACUCAUGUCCCUGUGCCCACAAUGUACUACGGCGAGAUCCCUACGGUCCGAACAUUAGAAGUCGUAAGUGAGGCUGCGUGAUUAGCUGUCUCUCUUUCUGUGCUAGACCAUCUGACAAGUAACAGGCGUAAUCUUCACUGAAAUAACAAAAGUCCACCAGCGCUGGACCAGCUAGACGCACUGGAAAGGAGAGACGAAGGCGAGAAGGCAUGCCGUGCGCAGCCAGGAAACCUCAGAUAAGCAAUUAAGAAAAUACAAACGCGCUGACAACACUAAACGAUUUUAAAGAUGCCGGCUUUUUAGGUCUUUUGACAAGGUAGGGUUUUCGUUUAAUUUAUGGAGCACAAGCCGUCAAUGGUUGCUCAUUUGGAUGCGUUUUGCUACCUCGCACAGAAACCUAAUUGAAAGACGCUAAUUUAUGGAGGCAGCAAUAUGCAUAGGUAACAGUUAUUGUCAACUCUCAAGGAGUGUCCUUUAUAUGUAGUUGUCUUUUAGCCUGAUAGUUGGCUAAUACCGUGUUUCAUCACGUUCCAAGUUCAAAUGACCCUGGGGAUUACUGCGUUAUUAACUUUUGCAUAACUUUUAAACAAUGUUUCAACAAGGGCACACUUUAACGUUCCGCCGUUUUCAAAAUAGAUUAUGUUUCUUUUGUGGUCGUGACUUGAUUUACAGAUAACUUCCAAAUCAAAGGACUAACAACAACGGGAAUGACAUUUACUUUUGUGUCCGAAUCGUAGGCACAGUGUAGGUAUGACUUCACGUUGAAAAAGGUGAAAGACAGUUCCCGAUUGAGUUUCUUAGGUAAAAUGUUAGCAAGCCCUUCAAACAACGGCGGUAUUAGAAUGUUGGUUCCCCCUGCUCAAAAUGACGAUAGACGGGUAGAGUUUGUGGCUCUCACUGCCGUCCACACGGAAAGAAGCGAGCCAUCGACCCCCGAGCGAGGACACCCAUCACACCGCACCGGGCUCUUGGGCACCCCGCUACCCGGACCUCCUGGACCCCGGGCGAACGCCUCAACGUCUAACAAGAGCUACAGAAAGUUCCAAAACUGCAUGUACAACAUUCUUGAGAGACCAAGAGGAUGGGCAUUCAUUUACCAUGCGUUCAUUUUCCUGAUGGUGUUCAGCUGCCUGGUGCUGUCUGUGUUCUCUACCAUCCCCGACCACCAUGAGGUAGCCAACGAAGGCCUCUUUAUCCUGGAGUUUGUGAUGAUCGUGGUGUUUGGGUUGGAGUACUUCGUCAGGGUGUGGGCCGCCGGCUGCUGCUCUCGCUAUCGAGGCUGGAAGGGACGACUCCGCUUCGCUAGGAAGCCCUUCUGUGUCAUAGACUUAAUUGUCUUUGUGGUGUCACUGGCGGUGAUCGCCGCGGGGACGCAGGGUAACAUCUUUGCCACGUCGGCGCUCCGCAGCAUGCGCUUCCUGCAGAUCCUGCGCAUGGUGCGCAUGGACCGCCGGGGGGGCACCUGGAAGCUGCUGGGCUCCGUGGUUUACGCACACAGCAAGGAGCUGAUCACAGCCUGGUACAUUGGAUUCCUGGUUCUAAUCUUUGCCUCCUUCUUGGUGUACCUGGCAGAGAAGGAUGACAACACGGAGUUUAACACCUAUGCUGACUCCCUCUGGUGGGGGACUAUCACGCUCACCACCAUAGGCUACGGUGACAAGACUCCGCACACCUGGCAGGGUCGUCUCCUAGCAGCAGCCUUCGCUCUCGUGGGCGUGUCCUUUUUUGCCCUCCCAGCCGGAAUCCUGGGGUCAGGCUUUGCUCUAAAGGUACAGGAGCAACACAGACAGAAGCACUUUGAGAAGAGAAGGACACCUGCUGCCAACCUGAUACAGGCUGCGUGGCGUCUCUACUCCACAGACGCUCAGCACUCCUACCUGACAGCCACAUGGUACUUCUAUGACAGCAUGCUUCCGUCCUUCAGAGAGCUGACGCUCUUGUUCAGUCACCUUCAGCGACAACGUAGCACCAAGAAGGUUCAUCACCCCUCCCACCACACCCUGCUGUCAGGGCUGAGACCCUACAGCUCUCCCUACCUGGGGGACAGGAAGACAGAAGCUCCAUGCAGCGGUAAGAUAGGAUUCCGAGACCGGAUGCGGAUGAACAACUCCCGGUCGUCUCAGGCGAUGCGUACCAAGGCGUCCCCGCUGCCCCCCGCGUCCAGCGUCCGCUGCUCUCCCAGCUCGGAGAACCUUCCACCAGCCACCAGCCCCGGGAAGGUGCAGAAGAGCUGGAGCUUCAACGACCGCACUCGUUUCCGGACGUCCCUCCGGCUCAAACCCCGCCCCCCUGUAGAUGUGGAAGGUGUUGGAGAGGACAGCAUGGAGGACAAGCCCUACUGUGAUGUGUCCAUGGAUGAGGUGAUCCCAGCAGUGAAGACUCUGAUCAGGGCAGUCAGGAUCCUGAAGUUCCUGGUGGCUAAAAGAAAGUUUAAGGAGACACUGCGCCCGUAUGACGUGAAGGAUGUGAUUGAGCAGUAUUCUGCAGGACACCUGGACAUGCUGGGCAGAAUCAAGAGCCUGCAAACGAGGCAUGAGCUACACACACACGCUCACACACACACGGACACACGUACGCACACCUACACGCACACACACACCUACACUCACACACACCCACAUCACCCACACAGCAUCCUGUGUUCACAGUGUGUGUUUCCCAGGGUGGACCAGAUCGUGGGUCGUGGGGCCAACCAGUCUGAUAAGAAGGUACGCAGUGAUAAAGGAGAGAAGACUCCUCCAGAACUGGACCCACUUGAUGAGCUGAGCAUGAUGGGACGUGUCAUCAAAGUGGAGAAACAGGUGCAGUCUAUAGAGAACAAGAUCGACCUCCUCCUCAACUUCUACUCCCAGUGCCUGAAGAAAGGCUCGUCUCACUUCACCAUAUCCUCCCUGCUGGAGCCCGACAUCACGUCAGACUACCACAGCCCCACGGAACAGCGGGAGCUCUUCCCGUCCGUCACCACUCUCAACAUCUCCCACUCCGGGAGCAGCACCUUGGAAUGACAGGGAGAGGCCCGGAGAGGAACGCUGGAACACACACACACACACACACCCACACAUACACACACACACCGUCAGGCCCUUAACGCAUACUUUAAUCCCCCCACCCGCCCAUCACGACGACGCUCCGGGCCUCUGCAAACAAGGAGCGUUGCCGAGAUGACACGAGCCGUCCCGACUGAAGCAUGAAAUCCAAAUCUAGAAUAUUACUAAAAGUCACUAUACUGACUAGAAUCCCUUAAGGGACCCUUUUAGAAUCCGCAAUGGAUUAGAAUGCUCGAAUAGUCACUUCAAAAAUGUCCCAUUUUGCUUCUCGGUUCACUUCUUUCAAUAUCUCUUUUUUCUUCAUCCACCUGACCAACCAUUUUUCCUUGUUUUCCCUUCACACUGUCUUCCAUCGCUUAUUCAAGGCCCUUACCCAAAGCCUGACCUCUCCUCUCAAGCGAAUGUUUCCAUCUGAGCUCAUUAUGCAUCCUUCAGUGAACCUACUGCCCACAGCCACCGGAGGGCGCCACAUGAGCAGUGUCUCCUUCAUUCACAGUCCCUUAAGGGGAGAAAACAAAAACACCAUCUCUUAUAUUUCAAAUCUGCAACUGUAGAUUUCUGUGACUUUGAGAAGGAAAAAAACUAUGGUUUUGUACAUUUUCAACAAAGAUUUUUUUUUUCUUGUCCUUGUUUAGUUUAUUUGUGUAGUUUCCUAGUCAGUAGACUUCCAAAACAGCUACUGGAGUCUACUGUAACUGCUCCAACGAUCAAACUGUUUUGUGUUUAACUUUGAUUUGGACAAACCGUAUUGGUACUCUAUAUCAGGCACUGGUCUGAUAUUGUCACACCUCUCACAACGUAUGAUGAAUGUACUGUAGAUGGCCGAUGCUCGGUUCACCAUUUCGUCCCCAGACCAACCAGUCAAUCACCACAGGGCUUCCACCACAAGAUGGAGGACCGCAUACUUGACAGACGAAGAACCAACAGCCAUGUUACACCGAGCAUCCUGCCAUCUGCACCCCCCUGACCUGCUUGGUCUGUGCCCUGCAUGGUACUGCUGGACGAGACGACCCCUGCGUGUUCAGGGGGUCUUCCAGGCAAGGACCUUUCUGGGUUAGAACUUCAAAACAUCUUAAAAUGUGGGAUCAGACUGUUGAAGAUGAGAGAAUGUUGUCUUGCUCUGAGCUUGUUGUUUGUUGUGAAUGUGGCUCCGUUCAGCCGUGGUGUUUGGAACGCUUCUGUGAGUUUGCUGCUCCCCCUCCAUGUCCAUCACCAUCAAGCCCACUUUGCAAAAAUAAUUCGAGAUCUCCUCUCUGUCAGCCGUAACCGACAUUCUAGUGCGUGGCUAUCAGAGAGAUGAAGCCUUUCAUCUCCAUCGUUUGGGUCCUUCUUGGUCAUGAGGGAGACCCAUGAUGGAGUUAAUUUCCAUCGACAGAGUUGGAAGCACUGCGAGGCACUAGGAGAGCCUUGGGAGAACCUUGGGAG